AUGGGCAGCAACGUGAGCCCGCCCAGGCCCGCGCAGCCACCCCUCGGCGCAGGGCACCCGAAACCCCGGCCCCCGCCCGCCUCGACCCAGGACGGCAGGCGCCGCGUCCGCACCGGCCCCCUCCCCCGGACACCGCCUAACUGGGACCCCUCCAGCCCGCGGAGGGUGGUCACCGAGGCUUGGAGGCGCUUUCCUGCCAAGGCGCCCCCGGAGACUGUCCUGGGGCCGGACCUGUCCAGCGCCUGGGAGAGUUACAUGAAGCGGUGGGUUUGGAGUGCCCGCCACCCGAGACGGACCUGGAGCCCCGUGACCGUCAAGAUCGCGCCGCCUGAGCGCAGGGGGAGCCCCUGGGCGUCUGCGGCGCAGGGGCGCGGCGCCUGCUCUGCUGGGCUUCCGCUCUCCCAGGAGCGCCCGGACCCGUGUGCCAAGGAGACUGUGCUGAGGGCCCUCAGCCAGUGCCCUAAGGGCAACCGUAGGUUUGACGGGCCCCUGUGGUUUGAGAUCCCGGAGGGCGCGAGCCGGAGGCCCAACCCAGAGCCCAGGCCUUCCGCCUUUAAGCCCCUGAUCAGAAAUGGAGAGGUCCCUUCCUUCGUGCCCAGGCCAGGGCCGCUGGUCAGAAGCCUUCACUGCUGGAGCUGCAGUGUGUCGAAGGAGGACGCGGACCUCGGGCCCGAUGCCCAGCCCCCACCGUCUGCUGACCACCCUGCAGCAGGGACACUGUCAGCCCAGGACACAGAUCCUCAGCUGCAGAGCUGA